AUGGAUAGCAUCUCCAUGCCUAGCAUGGAUCCGGCCGCAACACCAUGGGCUGGGCCUUUUGUUGCCCUAAUCGCACCUAUAUAUACCCGAAGAGCUUUCGAAGCCAAGGGUGCUGAAAAACCGACUGUUGUGCAUUUUAUUUUCAUCGUGGAGUUCAAGUUUGCCCAGGCGGCCCAUGUGAUACAUUUUUAUGAGGAUCUCUUUUCUGAGCCGAUUUUUGAACCGGUGGAUAGAUCUUGGAUUUCUGGUUACAUUCCGGCUUCAGUCACCUCAGCCCAGGCUGCUAUGCUCACAACUCCUCCUUCUGCUGAGGAUAUUCGUCUGUCUGUUUUCUCCAUGGAUAGGAAUAGUGCCCCUGGUCCUGACGGGUUUAAUGGCGCUUUCUUUCAGCAUUCCUAUCUCCCCCAUGGUCUCAACUCCAACUUACUUUGUCUUCUCCCCAAGAAGACUGAUGCGGUUCUUGUUUCUGACUUCCGGCCUAUUGUGUUGGGAAAUUUCUUUUUCAAAGUCAUCACCAAGAUUCUUGCCUCUAGGUUGAAUGAAGUAGCUGCUGCUAUUGUCUCGGCCAAUCAGUUUGGGUUAAUCUCUGGGCGUUCUAUACAGGAAUGUAUUAUGCUGGCCUCUGAAGGAGUGAAUUGCACGGAGCGCUCGGUUCAAGGGAGGAACAUGGCUCUUAAGGUUGAUAUUAAGAAAGCUUUCGAUACUCUGAAUUGGGACUUUGUGGAGGUUGUGCUGGAUUGCUUUGGUUUCCCUCAGACUUUCAGACACUGGAUUAGAGGAGAUCCUUUGUCACCGGUUCUGUUUGGACUGGCGGAGGAGGUUUUGAGUCGUAUGCUUUCGGAUGCUGCUGAUAGGGGCUUCAUCGCUCCUACGUGGCGCAGCUGCAGGAUGAUUGAAUCGAUUCUUAACAUCUAUGCUUCGGUUUCUAGUCAGUUCUACAAUAAGGCCAAAUCCAAGGUUUUCUUUGGCAAAGAUGUUUCUGUUCAGAUGAGACGUCGGCUGCAGCGGGAUCUGGGUUUUUCCACUGGCUCCCUUCCUUUUAUCUAUUUGGGAGUCCCCAUUUUUGUCGGUCGAGCUACUGCUGCCCGUCUUAUCAGCAUUCGUGAUCGCAUCAUCGCUCAUUUUCCUAGAUGGCAGGGCAUGCAGUUGUCUAUGGCAGGUCGCCUUUGCCUCGUCACUUCUGUCAUUCAGAGCGUGGCAGUUCACAGUAUGCUGAUUUAUCGUUGGCCGGCUAAGUUACUUCAUGAUUUGGAUAGGGCUUGUUGGUCGUUUAUCUGGACUGGCUGCACUACUUCUAGGCCUCAGUCUUCUGUGGCUUGGAAUCGGGUUUGCGCCCCCAAGGCUCAGGGGGGGCUUAAUGUGAAGUCCUUUACGCACAUCAGUCAGAGUUUCUUGCUGAGAUUAGGCUGGUUGCUGAUUACUACGGACUCGAUGGGUUUCCGGUUAUUUCGCCAGCGUUAUCUGGAUGCAUGCCUGAGACCUCGCUCUCCUUGGUUCUCUUCUACGAUUUGGUUGGGCACUCGGGCUGCUAUACAGACUCUUGUCAGUGACACCCAUUGUUCUAUCGGAUCUGGCUCUACAAUUUUGUUUUUGACUGAUAACUGGUCUUUCCGGACAUUGCUUUUGAUAUUAUCUCGGUUCCUAUUAGCGGGGGAGAGGACUGAAGAGCUUGGAUCCAUUCUCACUUUGGUGAAGUCUCCGCGUCGCUUGCUAUGGAUCACAUUCGCCCCAGUUUUCCGAUCGUUGAUUGGGGUAAGUGGAUUUGGGCUCCGUUUAUCCCAAUGCGCCGUUCCAUUGUCACUUGGCGGCUGGUUCAGGGUGGAUGGUCCGCUGAUUUACGACAUUGGGAGUCUGCUUCUCUGGGCUAUGAAGGUGCAAACUAGCAAGCAGGUUGAUAACCUUUGGCGGAUUGGUGUUAUGUCCACUGUUUGGAGCAUCUGGAAUAUUCGUAAUAGAGUUGUGUUUGAUGAGGCUCCUGUCUCUGCGAGGGCGCUUUCAAUCCAGAUCAAAGCUUUUAUCUUGGAAACUUCCUACUUAUGUUCUGGUGAGAUGGCCAACUCUGUCGAGGACUUACUGAUCCUUCAUGGUCUUGGGGUGCCGGGCAGACCUCGUCGUCCGCUCUCUUAUGUCUAUGUUUACUGGAUCCCUCCCCCGGCCCCGUGGUGCAAAAUUAAUAUUGAUGGUUCUGUUCACGGCUCCCCUCUUCACAUUCAUGCUGGAGGCGUUAUUAGAGACUCCUCUCAUGUUCUGGGCUGUUUUCAUUUCUCUGCUGGGCGUGGUUGGGCGUUCGAGGCGGAGCUGCUUGCUCUCGUCAUUGCUUUGGAGCAGACGGUCUUUCAUGGUUGGAGUCAUGUUUGGAUUGAGACUGAUUGCACCUAUCUGGUGGACCUUUUUCGGUCCCACUCUGACACUGUUCCUUGGAGAUUCCUUAGUCGUUGGCGUAAGGUUCUUGCUUCUAUCGUGAAUUUCCAUAUUAUUAUUACUCACAUCUACAGGAAAGGGAACCGGGUUGCGGAUUGCUUGGCUUCUUCGGUGGUGGACGAAGGUUACUGGAAUUUUGCGAUCCCGGAGAUUCUCCAUCUGGUUCGCGAUGACAUAAGACAGAUAUCAGCUUCUAAUUUUCAGACUUUUUGCCUCUCUUGCGCCUUUGGUUCUGUUUGGAUCAUCGAGGACCUGGUUCGUGUGGUGAGAUCAGUGAAGAGCUCGAAGGGCGGCGUUGAGCUUGGCUCUGGGGCUUGA